AUGAACAGACAAGUCUGCAAGAAAUCCUUCAGUGGCGGGAGCCAGGGUUUCUCUGGCUGCUCUGCCGUGGUCUCCGGCAGCAGUAGGAUGAGCAGUGUAGCCCGCUUUGGGGGAGCUGGCGGAGGGGCCUGUGGCUUCCGGAGUGGAGCAGGCGGCUUUGGCAGUCGCAGCCUCUACAACCUGGGUGGCAACAAGAGCAUCUCCAUCAGCGUGGCCGCUGGCGGCUCCCGGGCUGGUGGCUUUGGUGGAGGGCGUAGCAGCUGUGGCUUUGGAGGUGGUUAUGGAAGCGGCUUUGGGGGCAGCUAUGGUGGUGGCUUUGGUGGUGGCAGAGGAGUAGGUAGUGGCUUUGGAGGGGCUGGUGGCUUUGGAGGGGCUGGUGGCUUUGGUGGCCCUGGUGGCUUUGGUGGGCCUGGCAGCUUUGGGGGUCCUGGUGGCUUUGGCCCUGGGGGCUUUCCUGGGGGAAUUCAGGAAGUGACUGUCAACCAGAGCCUCCUGCAGCCCCUCAAUGUGGAGAUCGACCCCCAGAUUGGGCAAGUAAAGGCCCAGGAGCGGGAGCAGAUCAAGACCCUCAACAACAAGUUUGCCUCCUUCAUCGACAAGGUGCGGUUCCUGGAACAGCAGAACAAGGUCCUGGAGACCAAGUGGGAACUGCUCCAGCAGCAGACCACAGGCUCCGGCUCAGGGCCCAGGAGCCUGGAGCCUUGUUUUGAAUCCUACAUCAGCUUCCUGCGCAAGCAGCUGGAUUCACUUCUAGGGGAGAAGGGGAACCUGGAGGGAGAGCUGAAGAACAUGCAGGACGUGGUGGAAGACUUCAAAAAGAAGUAUGAGGAUGAAAUCAACAAGCGCACUGCGACGGAGAAUGAGUUUGUGGGGCUCAAGAAGGAUGUGGAUUCGGCUUUCAUGAACAAGGUGGAGCUGCAGGCCAAGGUGGACAGCCUGACAGAUGAAGUCAACUUCCUGAGGACCCUCUAUGAGAUGGAGCUGUCCCAGAUGCAGAGCCGCGUCAGCGACAUGUCUGUGGUUCUGUCCAUGGACAAUAACCGCUGCCUGGACCUGGACAGCAUCAUUGCCGAGGUCCGCGCCCAAUACGAGGAGAUCGCCCAGAGGAGCAAGGCUGAGGCCGAGGCCCUGUACCAGACCAAGCUUGGGGAGCUGCAGACCACAGCUGGCAGGCACGGGGAUGACCUGAGGAAUACCAAGACUGAGAUCAUGGAGCUCAACAGGAUGAUCCAGAGGCUACGGGCUGAGAUUGAAAAUGUCAAGAAGCAGAAUGCCAACCUACAGACUGCAAUUACAGAGGCUGAGCAGCGUGGAGAGAUGGCCGUCAAGGAUGCCAAUGCCAAGCUCCAAGACUUGCAGGCUGCCCUACAGAAGGCCAAGGAUGACCUGGCUCGGCUCCUGCGUGACUACCAGGAGCUGAUGAACGUCAAGCUGGCCCUGGAUGUGGAGAUUGCCACCUACCGCAAGCUGCUGGAGGGAGAGGAAUGCAGGAUGUCUGGAGAGUGUCAGAGUGCCGUGUGCAUUUCAGUGGUCAGCAAUGUCACCAGCACAAGUGGAAGCUCUGGCAGUAGCCGUGGAAUUUUUGGAGGGGUCAGUGGCAGUGGCAAUGGUGGCUACAGAGGCGGCAGUAGCAGCGGCGGCUAUGGAGUCAGUGGCGGCGGCAGCAGUGGCUAUGAAGGAGUCAGUGGCGGCAGCAGCAGCGGCUACAGAGUGGUCAGCAGUGGCAGCACCGGGGGCAGGGGCAGCAGUGGGGGCUACCAGAGCAGCAGUAGUGGCAGCAGGCUCGGUGGUGCAGGUAGCAUCUCCGGGAGCCACAGUGGAAUGGGCUCCAGCUCUGGCAGCGUCCAGACUUCUGGAGGCAGUGGCUACAAGUCUGGUGGUGGAGGCAGCACCAAUAUCCGCUUCUCCCAGACCACCAGCUCAAGCCAGCAUAGCUCCACCAAGUGA